AUGGAGCAACUAGUGGUAUUGACAACAUCGGCUUUGGCAUUACCUCCACCAUCGCCCACUGUUCCACGAGAUUUAUGGACAAAUAAAGUUGAAUUUCUUUUGUCGGUUAUUGGCUAUGUUGUCGAUCUUGGUAAUGUCUGGCGAUUUCCUUAUGUAUGUUAUGCAAAUGGUGGUGGUGCAUUUCUUAUUCCAUAUAUGAUAUUUUUAUGUCUUAUUGGUAUACCAAUGAUGUAUCUUGAAUUAUUUCUUGGUCAAUUUUAUCGUUGUGGUAAUAUAACACUUUGGGGUAGACUAGCUCCAUCAAUGAAAGGUAUUGGUAUAGCAUCAUUUCUUAUUGUCACUGCUGUAACAUUAUUUUAUACAACAAUAAUUGCUCAUGCUGUUUUUUAUUUAUUUUCAUCAUUUCGUGAAGUAAUGCCUUGGAGUUUAUGUUCACAUACAUGGAAUACACCUUUAUGUUCUGAACGUAUGCGUACUGAAAUAGAAAAAAAUUAUACUAUUAAACAAAUUCAUAUCAGUGAUAUAAAUAAUUAUUUUCCUUUAAAUGAAACACAAAAAAUUAAUUUAUUUAUGGAAUCAAGAAUUUCAUCAGCUGCUGAAUAUUAUAAUAUUUAUAUGUUAGGUAUUAAUAAUUCAAAAGGUUUAACUGAUUUGGGUAGUAUUAAAAUUGAUUUACUUUUAUGUUUAAUAUCAAUAUUUGUUCUUAUGUAUAUGUGUAUUUAUCGUGGAGUUAAAAGCAAAGCUGUUUAUGUAACAGCUACAUUACCAUAUAUUGUACUAAUAAUAUUACUAAUACAAGGUUUACAUUUAGAAGGUUCACGUAAGGGUAUAACAUAUUUUUUAAAACCAGUAUUUAGCAGAUUAAAUGAUAUGAAAGUUUGGUAUGCAGCAGCAAAUCAAAUAUUUUUUACACUUGGUCCUGGUUUAUCUGUAUUAACAACUUAUGGUUCAUAUAAUGUUUCAAGUAAUAAUUGUUAUUAUGAUGCAUUAAUUGCUGUUGUAGCCAAUUUUGCUGCAAGUUUUCUUUCGGGUUUUGUUGUCUUUUCGGCAUUAGGUCAUAUGUCAUGGCGUUUAAAAAAAGAUGUCGAAAAAGUUGUUGAUGAAGGACCAAGUUUAUCAUUUAUUGCUUAUCCAGAAAUAUUAGCAACAUUUAAACAUCCAGCACUUUUUUCCAUAUUAUUCUUUUUAAUGGUUAUUAAUUUAGGACUUGAUAGUGAUUUUGGUGGUUUAGAAGCAAUGUAUACAGCAUUAAGUGAUGAAUGUCCAUUAUUAAAACGUCAUAGAAAAUCUGGAAUGCUCAUUAUGUGUGGUUUACUAAUUGUUGCAUGUUUACCAACAGUUACACAAGGUGGUAAUUAUGUUGUACUUUUUCUGGAUAAAUUUUCAACAGCUCCAGCACUUAUGCUUGUUGUAAUGAUGGAAGCAAUUGCUGCAAGUUGGGUUUAUGGUAUUAAUAAUCUUGUAAAUGAUAUUCGUACAAAUCUAGGUUUUGAACCAAAUCGUUUUUUUCGUCUUGCUUGGACAUUUUUAUGUCCUAUUAUUGUCAUCAUACUUAUGAUAUUAGCAUUAACUUAUUCAGAUGAAUUAAAAUAUGGUAAUUAUAUAUUUCCAUCAUGGUCAAUUAUAUUUGGUUGGUGUCUUAAUAUGUGUUUUAUUUUACCAAUUCCAAUUACUAUGCUUUAUGUAUUUAUUCGAUAUUCGGAUUCAAGAAAUUCAUUCAAACGUUUUUGUCUUUUAUUUGUACCUAAUAUAAGAAAGCGUAAUGAUAAUCAACAAAUUGAAAAUGGUACGAGCUUUCCAAUGUCAUCAUCAUCGUCAUCACCUAUUUCACAUGUUUGA